CAUUGGCUCACGGUGGAAACGUGUUUCUGAAAAUCAUGGAUUUGUUUUCCUCCACAGUUGGACUGUUGCUUGAGUGGGAUUUGAAAAGUUUGCUGCUUUUCAUCUCAGUUUUCAUCAUCACUGCGGAUUACAUUAAAAACCGUCGACCUGUCGGCUUCCCUCCAGGACCUGCAGCUCUUCCCAUUGUAGGAAACAUAUUCACCGUGGACCUGAACCGGCCCCACGAGAGCUUUAUAAAGUUGGCAGCAGAAUACGGAGAUCUGUACAGCCUGCGGUUCGGCCAGCAGUGGAUCGUGGUGUUAAAUGGAUACAAAGCUUUGAAAGAAGCUCUGGUAACAAAGGGGGACAGCGUGAUAGACCGCCCACACCUCCCUCUGCAGGACGAGAUCGCUAAAGGGCUCGGUGAGCUGCAGAACAUCACCUGUUCCUGCAGAUUAGGUCAAACAUACAUGUUAGGAUUUACACGUUAAAAACAUGAAAGCAUAAAAAUAACAGACAUAACAGACCAUUUUCUACAAGUGGGUGUGUGCCACAUCUGAUUUAGAUUUUUGGGACAAACUAAUUCAUAAACAUAAUGUAAAAAUAAAAUAGAAUUUUUUAGUAUAUCAGGACUUUUCUAAAGGCUUUGAA